UUACUGGAUUUACAAUGUGAACACGUAAAAAUCAAGUGCAAAUUCUUCUCUGCUGCAGAAAUAGUAAUAGCGAUAGUUUCAUAGAGCCGAAAGUUUUCUCCACUUGUACUUGUUGUCAUGUUGAACAAGUCUUCACUCUCGUCAACAUUUUCUGCUCGCUUCACUUACCAUUCGUCCAAGCGUUUCUCUCUUAGGCAGAGAACCAGCAAUGCUUAGAGCCAAUUCUUCCAUGACAGUCUUCAUUUUACUGCCUGUCACCUCUUCUUUCUGUUCGGCUCCAGUUUACAUAAUAUCCAAAGCUUUUGAAACACCAUCUGAGCACUAUCCGGAGGUUGUGACUGAUUUGAAGCUCUGCCUUUUUCGGUGUCAUUCAUUGUUCUAAUUUUUACACUACACACUUUUCGUUUCUUACACCUCUAGUAAUGUGGUUUACUUAAAGUUUUUUUUAUAUAUAUAUAACAACGCAUGUGUAACCAUUAAGAAGCUUUUUGCCACUAUGCAUUGUUUUAAUGAAUUCCAUGAAUAAAAUGUUGUUUCGCAUAUUUCAGUAUUUUUAGUUUGAGAAACUUGUCUUAGUAACUAAAUGGUAGAUUGGUAGUUUGUGGAAAACUUACUUCAUGAAAGGAAGAGUCAACUGGAAAAUGUACUAGAGCAUAAUAUUGUUAGGGUAGUUUAUAGUCAGUGAAAAAAUAUUAUAACCCUGAAUUCUUCAGUAGUAAAAUGUGCUUUCACUCACAUUAGUAUUUAGUUGGGUGGAAAUUUUAAUGUCACUGACUGAGGAAGCAGUGUAACAGGAAGCAGUGUAACAGGCUACAAUACAUAAAUGAGAUGAGAACAGUGAUGGCCUGAACUGAAACCGUAAAAAGCAGAAAAAAACUUUGACUUGUAACAUUUACAUAAACAAUUUUACAUGCAUAUAAUCAUUGAUUUUAUAUGGCAUAAACAUAAAAUAACUCUUCUAAAAGAUUUGCAAUAGGCUUUUGAGACUAGAGCUUUCAAAUGUAUAGUUUGUAGUCAUUCAUAAGUAAUAUAACCUGUAUCAUAUGUUAAUCUAACUAUUUUCACCGUAGUUCACAGGGACCUUCCUAAUGCUAUCUACAAAGAAGAUACUGCAGCUGUGAAGGAAUUCCUGGAUGCUGGAACAAUUGCACAUGAAGUCGACAAGUUUACUGAUGAGUCAGAGAAAAAUGAAGAGCAGGAUAUAUUAUCUCAUUCUUCGUUGUGCAAGAUUUGAGAGUUCUUGAAUAUGCCAUGGAGCCACUCACAAAAUGUUUUAAGAAAAAAUUAUUUAGUAAUGUUGAAUUUAACGACGCUGAUUAUGUUCAGUUACUCAUAGAGGUUGCAGACGCAGUAGUAAAAAAAAAACCCAAACCCUUCCAUCUUACAAGAAGAUGGGUAUAUAUUCCUGUUGAGAAAAGAAUUAUUCAAGCCAAUGAUGACGUAUAUGAAGAUGAAUUAUUUCAUGAUAAAACUUGCAAUGGGGGAGUUUAUGAUAUGAUGGAGCCGUUAGAGUCGGAAUUUGGUGUGAAAUGCAGAACUACAUGUGGCUGCAAUGUACGUCUUGUAGAAAUUCGGUAUGUUUAUACAAGUGUCAUGAGGCUACUCAUCGAAAAUGCUGCUUAUAUGCGUUCCAUACAUGACAAACGCAACACAGCAUUACAUAUUGCUGCUAAGUUAGGUGACGAAUUCCUAGUUUGGAAACUCCUCUUCAUAGGGGCUUCAGUAGAUGCUCAGAAUAAGGACAAAGAAACUCCUUUGCAUCUGGCAGUAGAUUGUAAGAAUGUUAGUAAAAUGCAUAAGCUUAUUCUAGCUGGAGCUAAUAUAAGUCACAUAGACAUCAGGGGCAAUACGGCUGCACAUGUAGCAGCUUCCAGUGGGCGAUGUGAAUGUCUGCAGGUUCUUUUAGAGUUGGGACUUGAUGUGAACUGCAGAAAUGAAAUUAGCUGUACAUUACUUCAUCUAGCAGCUCAGGAAGGUCACAGCAAAUUAGUGCAUCUCUUGAUCAGUAAAGGGGCAAAUGUAAAUGCCGAAGAUGACAUGGGAAACACGGUUUUGCAUGCUGCUAUCAGGUCUCAAAAUGUUAGAGUAGUUAAACUCAUUGAGGAUGGGGGUGCAGUGAAUGUUCAGAACAGAGAACAAAUCACAUCUUUGCAUUUUGCAAAGAAAGAGAAAGAUAUUCAGUCUGAAGCUAAGCGUAUGACUGCUCAUGAAGCAGCUUUCAGUGGGGAAUGUGCUUUCCUGGAGAAUCUUUUCGAGUUAGGGCAGCUAGACAUAAACAGCAAAGACGAAAAGGGACACACAUUGCUUCAUAGAGCAGCCUCGGGUGGUUGUAUAGAAGUAGUGGAACUCUUAAUCAAUAAAGAUGUGGAUUUGAAUGUUACUAAUGAGAAUGGGGAAACUCCUCUUCAGUACGCUGCUUACUGUGGACAGGCAAAUAUUGUAAUUGAGCUUUUGAAUCGUCAACACGAGGAACAUCUACCUGAACAUACCUUUGAUGCGUUGGAGGCUGCAGCCUUCGGAAACAGAUUAGACACAAUUAAAGCUAUCUUCGAAAAAUUUCCCCAUACAAUCGAGCAUUUGUCAGAAUACAGGAUCCUCAUGGUAGCAGACCAUGCAAGUAUUGUUGGUAGCAGUGUGUGCGCAUGGUGGCUAAUCAAGAAAAUUUCUAAAAAAGCAGGGAUAUGUGACUCAUCCUUAAGUCGUCUGAAAUACUGCCAGAGCGUCUAUGAAAAGCAGUCAAGAAUCAUUAAGGAAGCUGGAGAAGGUCAUUGGUUAGGAUCUUCAGCGCCGCAGAAUAUUGAAGAAGGACAGAUAGAACUGCAUUACAUGGAUGAACAGGGGAACACUGCCCUUCAUGCAGCUGUAGGAAGUGGUAAUAAAGAUACCGUGGCCUCUCUUAUCGAGGAUGGAGCCCUCUUGGAAGCGCGAAACUAUAGGAAUCUGACGCCGAGAAAUAUUGCCGACACAAGGGGCAUCAGUUUACAAAAGUAUCUGCCUGACAAGCCAGACACAAGGCUAGACAGCAGAAGCAGGUCACAACUGUAUUCGAUUCUGCUGAAUAUCAUUGCCCAAACUAUUGGUAUUGAUGCUGCCGACAGUAGAAUGGUGCAGAAAUGGAAACUACAGGUCACAAAGAGUGUGGGUAGAUUGCUGUCCUGGGGGGUGCCUCAUGAGCGUCUAGGGAGCUGCCAGAGACUCAUCUUGCCACUGGCGAUUACAACCAAUAACAGAACUUUGCUGCCAAUGCUCCUGGCUGCUGGGUUUCCACUUACCACUGCAGACUCAGGACUUGGCCUUGUCCAGUUAGUAUGGUUAACCCCUGAUAUUGGCAUUUGGGUUCGAAUGAUAGUAACAAGGGCUGUCAUCAAUACUCUCAGGUAUGAACAUAAGCUGUUGGAGAACGUAGUAACGUCAUAUUCUUUUUUCGUUAACUUGACACAAAAUGUGAAUAAGCUGAUACUUGAAUUAUCUGAAGAGAAGCCUCGGGAAGCUCAGUUUAGUUCAAAAGCUAUUUCACUGACGCAGCUGUACGUAACAGCAUGCAGAUAUGGUGCUACCUUAACAGCAUGGUACAUCUGGAAGGCAGGCGGAAGCAACUAUGAUAGAGAGCUGCCUUAUGACUGUACAUCUUUAGAGGCAGCUCUGGAUGGAGGGCAUUUUUCAACUGCAUUACGCCUAGUCCUAGAUAUGGAUGCUAAUCCUUUCCUCAAGAAGAAUAAAGGGCAAGAACUUCCCAUCGAUUUGUUUCCUGAAAAGUUACGAGUAUAUCUCCUGGAGGUGAUGUUGGGGAAGGAUUAUCGAGCCCUUGACAAGAUGGCGGAAAAAUUCAAAGAUGAAGAUGAUAAACGAGAGCUUCAGCAAAUCAUCCUUUUACUUGUGGUGCUUUUCCUUCAGUAUACCAUUGGUGGUGUCUCGAUCAGUUCUAACAGAUGGAAAUCCUUCCUUGACUUAGUGCUGAAGGCAUACAAAAGGAUAGAGAGACAGGAGACUUUGUAUUCAUCCUGUAAGUGGAUGCUUUCUCUCAGCAGUGUUCUUGUAGAUGAGGGAGUUAACGGAAUCAAAUUUGAGAAGCCUGAAAAUGUUGAGUCAAAGAUUUCGCUUAUCAAGAAAGACAUUGGACUUGAUGAAAUUCCACAGAAACUUGAUUUAGACAGCACAGAUGAUUAUUUCUGCAUUCUUUUUUCAACACUGGAAAUUAAUUUUCGUGAAACUGAGAUUCCAACACCUAAGAACUUCAAUUCUGAUAAAGAUCUUAAAGAUCCAAAUCUUUUGCAUCUAAAGGCUUUGAAAGUGUGCUGUGAAAAGCCUUUGCCAUUAUUUUUACAUCUUUUGACGUCACUUACAAGUCCUAAUCUCGAGAACAUACUGAAUGAAGUUUGCGAAUCUCGGCCCCUCCACCAUGCGGCUAAAAGUGGGAAUUCUUCCGCUGUUGCAUAUUUGCUAGAGUGCGGGGCAUCUCCUCUUAGCAAGGAUCGCUCAGGCUUUUUGCCAAUUCAGUAUGCUGCUAUGUUUAGUCACGGGGAAACAGGAGAUAUCCUCAUCAGCAAACUGGCAACAGAUAGUGAAAAGAACAACCAAAAGAAAUUACAAGAAACUUACUCACAAUAUUAUGAUAAGUACCUAGACUCUUAUGGCCUCAGUCGUGGUGACACUGGAAAUUCAAGGUAUGUGAAUGUUCAGACAUAUGAGCAAUUGCUUACUAGAUGUUUUGAUCAUAUCAAGAAACAAUUGGUAGAGAAAGGCGUGGAAAAUUUCGCAACAGAAAAUCUUGUCAGUUAUACAGAUGGCGAGGCUCGUGAAAUCAAAGACGCUGUAGCUCAGUUCCUCUACUUAUUGAAAGAACAAAUAUCUUUAAAGAAUGAGAUGUUUGAAGGAGAUAUAGGAUUUGUCGGGAGUUCUGAAGAUAACGUUCGCUUAUAUUGUCCAGAUGAGUACGACUGUAAUCUGCUUUUGAAGAAAAUCAGUGCAUAUCCAGAUGGAGAAAUGAAAGCUGAAGUUAUUGACCUUGAUGAAGCAAAGGCCAUACAAUAUGGCCACAAAAAGUCUUUGAAAGUACAGCCAGUCAGAGAAGAUCUCAGAAGUUUGAUGAAAGGAACCUGUUUUUUAGAUAGUUUUUAUAAUAUUGCCAGGGAAUCUUUGACUGAAAUGGACUUGAAUGGUGGCAAGUUGAAGGUAAUAAUGCCAGGAAUUAAGAGAACACAAGUUGGUAUAAAUUUAUCAUUCCUGUGGUUAGGUACCGAAUACCCCAUGCUCUUCAUAGACAUAGAUUUCGUUCCUACUGUGAGAGCCCCAUGGCCAGAGGGUCUUCCAAAACCCAACUGCAGUCUAGACAGGCGUCACCUGAAGGAGGUUUAUUUGAACAAUGUUGGUGAAGACGAAUGGAGACUAUCUUUUGGUCCUACAGAAACUAAGAUUAUGAGAGGUCUGAGUGUUAACAAGAGAGAUGUGUUUCUGGUUUGCAAGAUGAUCUUGGCUGCUUUCAAAACGGAGAACUGGGUUCCCGCUGAAAUAAAGAAUCAGUUUAUGUAUUGGGACAGCCGGAUGUUUUCUCUCCACUCAAAAGGAGGCUUUGCCCUAAAGAACUGUUUUUUCCAGGAACUUGAGAGUAUUACUAACGAAGAGGAAUGGACAAAGGAUAAGAUUCUCAAGAGAGUCAAGUCAGUGUUUGAGAGAAUGUGUUUGAUAGAAGAGCAGCGUUCUUUGGUGGGAGGUAUGGAAGUCGAUGGCCAAUAUCCAAAACCUGUCAAGGCUUAUUUCGGAGGCGAUACAGAAAAGGCUUCUGAAUAUUUUAUUGCUCCAGAAAUAGUGAGGUUUUUGAGAGGUUUGAAUAAAAACUAAGAUGAUCUAGGAUUGAACAUCUAGUUUAUGACAGGUUUCUCUUUUAACAUUUUAAUUGUGAUUUCAUUUCAUCAUUUUCAUUUUCCAUCAUUGGAGGAAUCCUUCGAAUAUGGCUUUCUCUACGUCUUUUGGUGCAUAAGUGUCAGUCAUCAUUAGAUAUGUUCCCCGAGCUUUCCUCACUGUUCAUAUCACCUCUGUAAAUAUACUUACUAGAUAUUUGAGUGUAUCUGAGUUCUUAAUCACUGUAUUUCAUUUCCUGAAUCUUUUUUUUUUUUUUUUUUUUUGCUCAGUAUUGCUUGGAUCUUUAAAUUAUUUAAAGCACAUCAAUGCUCUUUCUUGUUCAUAUAUGGCCCAAAAAGCUGCAUCAACUACCAAAAUCAUGACAUGUCCCAAUAUACUAUUUAUUCCCUUCCAUGUUUGGCGUCCACGCUUUUAUUUUUGUAGACAUGAUUAAUUGUCAGAAAAUCCUGGAUUGUCUCUAAAUUCAAUUUUUUUUUUACUUUUUCGUGCGUUUUAAUAAAAG